ACAUUCGCCAAAUAGAGUAGCCCUCGCCGUUCGUCUCCGCGCGAGGUAGAGGAGGAAGGCGAUGGACAAUAACUGUUCGAUGCUAUGGGAAAUCUUUGGUCCCGGAGCCGCUGGAGCAGUGUUCUCCGCCGGUUGGUGGUUCUGGGUCGAUGCCGUCAUCUGCAGUGACGUUAAGAUCUCCUUCCUCCAUUAUCUCCCCGGGAUCUUUGCUUCGCUGGCCGCUCUCAUGUUCAACUGUGUCCGGAAAGAGGAGAUUGCGUACGAUUAUUACUCUCCCUACGGGGAGUCGGACUGGAGGUUGAAGCUUUGGCUAUUUUUGGCAUAUGUUAUAUCCUUCGUUUCCCUUGCAGCAGCUGUUGGUUUGUUGGUGCAAGAUGCACUUACUGAUAAAGGUCACUCUCUAUGGGCUGGUGUUGCUGGUGUUCUGCAAUGUGUCUUGAUAUUGAUCAGCGGGCUGAUAUAUUGGACCUGUCAUUCUGAUGAUUGAAGGAGGAAAGCAUACGAAGCUGCCUUCGUAUUUUCAAUUCUGUACAGGUUUUCUUCUUGUUCUUCCAAGCUAUGAAAUGCUUUGUAUUUUUCUCAAGUGUUUAUUUUGAGAGCAUUAAAGGAUCGUAACCUACUAUAUGUUUAGCUGGGAUGAAGUAUAUAUGCAUUUCCAUGUACAGUUACUGUAUAAGUGGAUCAACUAUUGCCUAUAAGCCAUUUCUAACUGAACUUUUCUAUAAGAGAUAAUCUAUCACCUUCUAUUUUACAUUGA